CACAUCCAUACCUAUCUUCUUUAAUUUAAUUCAGAAUUGUACUCAUAUUGAUACUAUAGAAUAGUAUUUAUGGAUUAACUCGAAGAUAGAUUUUGACUACAGAGAAGGAUAUAAGGAUUUGAUCUGAACUUCCAUUAUUGAAGAUGGCAGGUGCCAUGCAUUGCGAUUUACCGCCAGCUUAUGUGUAUGAAUCAAAUAUUCAUAUUGGAAAUGUCUUGAUAACGCUGAAUGAACAGAGAAAAUGUGGAUUAUUAUGUGAUAUAUCAAUCAUGGUUCAGGAUGCAGAAUUCAAGGCACAUAAAGCUAUCUUGGCAUCAUGCAGUUCCUAUUUUAAUAGAAUUAUUACAGAUCCAGCGAACGUUUCUCAUAAUAUUGUUUUGGAAUUGAGCAGUAUAAGCAAAAUUGGAAUGGAAAGUUUACUUGAAUUUGCAUAUACUUCCAAACUCACCGUGACACAAGCCAACAUUGAUGAUGUUAUCUGUGCAGCACGUGAAUUGGAAUUUAAGAACAUUGAAUUUUCAUGUUUAAAUUAUUUAAAACAGCAAUUAACAAACGGAAAAUCUGCCGACUGUUUUCUUGGGACAACCGAAACGUCAAAUUAUUGUGAAAAUAGCAAAAUUUCAAGGCAAUAUGAACAAUAUGGCAAGCAAGAAACGAAUGCUGAUAAGAAGUCGUCAGGCAAAUCUGAAAAGGCUCCACAAAGUAAGUAUGAAUGUCCUCUUCGUUCCAAGUUUAGUUUCGGUUCGAAAAAGAAAGCUGCGAUAGCAGCCACCAAUGCAUCGUCAUCUGCCAACUCAUCUCAAGAAUGCAAAGAAUUUAAAUAUGAUGGGAAUAGAAAGUCUGAAAUAUGUGGUGAACAGAUGAGCCAAGAACAACAUCAGGCAUUGCUCAAAAAUAUUCUGGAACGACAUGGACUGGAAGCAGCAACAGUUCACGAAAAGGCAAUGGAAGUUGGUGCAAAUGAAACAGCUGCACAAUCAUCACCAAUGCAACAGGGGUACAGGCAAAAAUCAAUGUGUCCUGGACAAGAGAAAAAAUUGUGUAUGUCCGGAUAUAUUUCACCCUUUUAUAAUUCAGACACUGACGAUUUGGAUGAUGAGGCAGAAUCCAGUCCAUGUAACAUGCGACCAUGUGGAAAACUUCGUAAACAGCCAGCAAUAAAACUUCCGUUUACAAUGGAUGAAAUUACCUCCAUGCCUCGGUCUGAACUUCAUGAUCUUUUAACAAGAGAAUCCAAUCUGACUCAAGAGCAGAUCUGUGCCAUUCAUGAAAUCAGAAGGCGAGGUAAAAAUCGUAUUGCUGCACAACGAUGCAGAAAAAGAAAAAUGGAAUGUAUUCGCUCGCUUGUUGCUGAAAUUGAGACUUUGCGAUCGGAACAUGCCCAACUUAUGAAUGAAAGGAGAGAAGCAAGAGAACAAGCUAUCAAACUAUCAGACAAAUUUCGAGCCAAAUGUGAAAAGUUUUUCAAGUGUGAUAAGAAAGCGUGUGUUAAAAAGAAAUUUUGUGCAAGUGCAACUGUACCUGAUGAUCAAAUGCCUUUACAUCAAGAUGGAAUAGCAGCUCAUAAUUUUCAAGAGCAUGCCAAAAAAGCUGAGGACCUAUGUGCUAGAUUGAAGGAAGCACCUACAGAUGAUUUACCACCUUGUCCUAUCCUUGCUACACCAGAGAGUAAUGUAUGGAGCAAGCCUUGCAUGUCACCUACUGGAACAGAAGAUAUUGUCUGUACAAUUGUUGAUGAUUCCAGUGAAUCAGGUUACCAAGCAAACAGUCCUGCCUCAUCUUAUGUAAUGUCGCCAUCUCAAGGAUUGGGGAGUGAUUUUGGAAACAUCCACAUCUCACCUCCAGGAACUGGUGUACUGACUUCCAAUAACGUCUUGCUUCCAAAUACAACAUCCCAUGCCAGGUCGAGCGUUGUCUUACAUACCAGUUCCGUAGAAGGUCAAGCCUCCGUUGCUCAAACUCUACCUUCCCUUAGUACCAUUUGUAGUAACCUUCGCACUUUGCCAACCCAGUCACCUCUACCACCAAUCGUAAGGCACCCCGUCGUCGAUGGCCGUGUUUUCAAUGUCGUCGUAUCACCAAACGAUGCUCAAAUGACUGAUCUAUCAAACACUGAACAGUAGGAUUGCUCAGCAAGAGGAAAGAAGACCCAAGGUUAUAAGAUGUACGCGGAAAAUCGUGAGCUGUAAUACAGUGUUCAGUCGAGACUUGACAUCUACUGUGUUGGCAAUAUGUUCGUGGCGUUGAAAUAAUGAAUCGGAAAAUAGCAGAUAGAGUAUGAAGCCGUGGUGGGAUUCAGGGGGUUCGAACGAACCCAUUCUUGUCAUGAUAAUCAGCGAACCCCAUUUUUUUGUUUAAGGUAUAUGACCGAAGCAAAUGGGUUACAUGCGUCGCAGCUGACAACUAGCGUUAUAUUUGGCGUUUAGAAAGUUAUUUGUCUAAAAUAUGUCAUGUUAUAUAUUUCUGAAAUGAGGGAACCCGUUGGUAGUGAUUUUGACACAAUAGAGAACCUGUUCCUAAAAUUUAACUCCCACCACCAGUAUGAACCCUGAGUGGAGUGUGCUGGAAGACGCAGUCUUUAUAAAUCCCUCAUGCCUGGCAAAAAAACUUUUUUCUGAUAAAAGUAAAUCUGUAUUAUAUUCUCUUGCCAAUUUUUUAUUCUUACCUCACUAAUAUAUUACUUGUAAUUUUUAAUCCUGUUUUGCUGCAAAAUUUGACUCUGUUUAAAUUAAAUUAAGACUAAAUUGUGUAUUUUGUAUGUCGUGUUGGUUUUAUUCGAGAUUACAAAUUGUUGAAUCAUUUUGACUAUUAUAUAGUCUUUGUACCCAAAUAAUUUGAUGCAGUACAAUUUCAUCUUUGCAUUUUUGGGGACUUUAUGGUGGAAUACUUUUGAAUACCACAAAAUUUGGAACAAAUGAAAUGACAAUUGCCGGUAAAUAUGUCACAUUUAAAUUGCAACUUUGUUGUAUGAUGACUGAAAAAUAUAGAGGUAUAUUCCAAAACAACUCAACACUAAUUUAUUGUUGAAUUAUAUUAGAGAUUUGUCUGUUUUGAAAUUUUCAAUUAAGUUUAUCAUAUUCGAUUUUCAAUUUGAUUCAUUUUGACUUUGGCUUUACGUAUUCUAAAUUAAUCCACUUUGUAGCAAAAUCGUGGUUUAUGCAAGUUUAAUAUGAUUUCACUAUGUAGAUUAUAUACUACUUGGUAAAAACAUCCCUAUUGUCAUACACGGUUCAUCGUUUUGUAUGAAGAAUUUCAGAUUGUUGCAUAGGCCAUGGUUUAUGUUAUUGUGUAAAUAAUACCAUGAUCUGUAUUCGAAUCUGUUUGGUCUGUAUUCUUUGUAUAAGAAUUGAAUUUUCGCAGUGGUCUUCCUUUUCUGUGAUGCAGUUUUCUCACACAUUUCGCAUGGCUAUUUUGAUUUUAACUCUACAUGAAAAGCAUAAUUCUCCCUUUUUUACUUUGAAUGCUAAAUUGUAGCGUAAGAUAUACAAUUAUGUCACCUGUCCUAGAGUUCAAUACAGUAGGUAUCACCAUGAUAUAUUUUAAUUAGAGUAAGAAUUAUACAUGCCUUUUCACUUUGCGAUUUGCAAUUUUAGUUUUAUUUUUGCCAACUUUUUGUUAUAGUCUAUAUAUUAUGAAUUCAUUUAUGCUUUAAAAUAUCAAGACAGAUUUGGUAACAGUAUAUUAUGUCAAAGACGGGGUGGGAUAAUUCACUAGCCCAUAAACCAGUCGAACUUUUUGACCAGUAUUCAUGUACUGUGAUAAGUUUAUAUGAAGUAGCUGUUCUUUAUAUUCUGCAAAUUCCUUUGUUAAUAACCUAUCAGUACAAUGUUGAAUUUACAAUAUUUUUAUCUGGAAUGUGCUCAUAUCCAGAGACCUACAACUCUAAUUAAUAUCUCCCUCAGCCUCCAGCUUUCAUACUGCCUUUAAAGUUAGUAUUAUAGUAAAAUUGAGUAGCUCCGACUUUUAUGUGUAAAAAAUUAGAAAUAUUUAUUAAAGGAAUCGUAGUGUAGCAAUAAAGUAACCCCAAAUACCUAAUGGAAGCUAUUUUUGUUUUUGCGAAUAUAUCCAAGCCUUCGCAUACAGUGGGACUUGGUCGAGCAAAGGCAAUUUGAAUCGAGUACACUUCAUCACUGACUAUCAUUCAACUCGACUUGUUGUUGUCAAAUUGUGGGAAUGGUUUUAAACUAUAACUCUAUAGCGAUGAAUUUGAAUCACUUUUUUGUCAUUUGUAUGAGGCUGCAUAUGAGUUGUUUCUAUAAUUGAGGAUAAUGUGUAAAAUAUAAUUUAUUUCAACUAGUACUAUUGUUGCGCUGAUCUAUUUUUUCCGCGUUAUACAAUUGACAUUCGUCUCCACAAAUGUUAAUGUGUAUUUUUAUUCAAUUUAAAAAUCCAUGCAUUUUGUUAAUAAAUUUUUUUUCGUUUGAAGAUGUUAAUGUACAGUUAGAACAUCAUUGUGUACCAAAAAACGAUGUCUCUAGUCUGUUGUGUUAUCUCGAAAAACACCAUAUAUAUUCAAAUUUAUUAAAGUUAAGAAGAUGUUGUUUACACUUGAGGCUAUAUUUAUUGAUGGCUUUAAAACUUGGUGUUUUUUU